AUGCAGUUUAAAUAUAUUGUUGCAUUCAGUUGUAUUUUACUCACAUCUGCUUCUGCCCUUUUUAUACCUACGAAUCUUGAUGAAUUUGAAGCCAUUACAGAAACUACAAAUGUCAAGGCUUUACUCAAGAAAUACCCCAAAGGCAAAGUGUUUGACGAUAUCAGUGACUCCAACGAAAAGAUCUUUGUUUAUGAUGUCGACAAGGCGCUACUGUGGAACGUAAAGAAACCAGAAUUCAAAUGGGAAUAA